AUGGCGGCCCGUCGGGAUGGGCCCGACUGCCUCGGCUGGCUGACUGUGGCCAGGCGGCCGCGCGAGGGGUGGAUUCUCCGCCUGACUGGCGGAGGCGCAACGCCCAGCCCCGCCGGCUUCGCCCUCGGCGCCGGCCGCGCCAAGCACGCCUCCGGGGCUGGCCGCUCGGUUCUGCGGUCGAGCGAGAAGAAGGCGUCCGCGAGGGAGGAGCAGAGCACCACGCGCGUCAGCUUUGGCGGCAGCGACUUCGAAGACUACGAGCCCUCAUCGAGCGAGUCCGAGGGCUCGGUGGACAUCGAGGCCAUGAUGAGUUCGCUGACGCCGCUGACGGUCCCCCCUCAGGUGGCCAGCCGCGUAGCGUCCAAGGAGGAGGAGCUGGCGCUUGAGGAGGCUCGCACCAUAGCUUUCAAGGACGGGCCGUCGAAAGCAACCGACUGA